CCCACAAGACCAGAACCAAAGAUGAAAAAUGAGAAAGAAACCAAGAAAAAAAAAAGAAAAGGGCACUGAGCAAUUGAGCAUCCACCCGUUAAAUCACCAAGAAACUCCAAAUGUACAAAGCACCCAUGAUCCAGCCAGUCCAGUGGCGCGUCACCGCCUCACCGGAGCCCAAGCCUGAGCCCGGCCACUGUUUCCGUCGGCAUGGCGCGCUCAGAGACGGCCUCACACGUACGACUCGCCUCGCCCUCCCUUCCCGCCACGUGCCCGUCUCACUCCCCCACACCUCUCUCUCUCUUCCGCUGCUCCUCCUCUCACCUGACGACCUGACCCUUCUUCUUCCUCUCUGAUGAUCCCUCUCUAUAAAAUGCAACUCCGGUGCACCCGCCGAUCUUACCUGGAACAGAGACAGGCAGGGCCGUCACGCCGAAGAACAGAGUGAACGAACACCAUUGCCGUCUUGCUGCUGGUUGUUGCAGGUUGCAGCAGCCAGAAAGGCGAGAAGAAGCUAGGUAGGAGGUUUUUGUGUGUGUGUGUGUGUGAUGGGGAGGCAGCCGUGCUGCGACAAGGUGGGGCUGAAGAAGGGGCCGUGGACGGCGGAGGAGGACCAGAAGCUCGUCGCCUUCCUCCUCACCCACGGCCACUGCUGCUGGCGCGUCGUCCCCAAGCUCGCAGGGUUGCUGAGGUGCGGGAAGAGCUGCAGGCUGAGGUGGACCAACUACCUGAGGCCCGACCUCAAGAGGGGCCUCCUCUCCGACGACGAGGAGCGGCUCGUCAUCGACCUGCACGCGCAGCUCGGCAACAGGUGGUCCAAGAUCGCGGCGCGGCUCCCCGGGAGGACGGACAACGAGAUCAAGAACCACUGGAACACACACAUCAAGAAGAAGCUCCGCAAGAUGGGCAUCGACCCCGUCACCCACCAGCCGCUGGAGCCGCCUCGUCCUCCGCCGCGCGAGCAGGAUGCCACGCCGCCGCCGCCGCCGCCGCCGCCUCAGGAGAUCGAGGAGAGCGAGGAGGAGGAGCAGGAGCCUUCGCCGUUGAUCGAGCCGCACGAGAUCACCGCGCCACCGCCGGCGGCCGCGGCCGAGGCCGCCACGAGCAACUGCUCUGUUUCCCCUGCUUCGGUGCUCUCCCCGUCCUGCUCCUCGUCGGCGUCGGCUGCCUCGGCGGUGGACGUGGCGGAGUGGCCGGAGCCCAUGUACAUGUUCGGCAUGGAUGGCAUCAUGGACGUCGGCUGGAACGGCCUCAUCUCCGGCGCCGGCGUGGACGUCGACGUCGACGUCGACCCGUUCGACCAUUACUACCACGACGCCAGCUUCGACGAUCAAGACGUCUGGAUCAUCUGACGCGAUCCACAUAGAUCAACUCUCAUCUUCUUCUUCUCUCGCGGAUUCCUAACUAGCGUAGUAGCUUAGCUUCCCAUGUGUUUUUUUUCCCAAUCUUUUCUUGGUUAGAAUGCAUACAUGGUCAUGGUUGAUGCACCGAAUGUUUGACAAAAAAUUGAGAAAAAAAAAAUCAGGUGAGACGAA